GUACCAAAGAACAUCAGAACUUGCAUCUAAUCCCUCCGGUCUUGGUAGUGGGAUAAGAGGCGUGACAUUGGGUUUUUCAGAUUUAUAAAAUAAAUGUAUCGAAAAUGUGAUUUAGUGUUUGCGUGAGAAUGUGACAAGGUUGAUAGAAUUUCUGAAGUAGAGCGCGUAUAUAAGACAGUUCGAAAUACACUAAAACAAAGUAACUGGUACGUACAUUCUUCGCCAUUCACCCAGUUCAUAGUCUUAAUUGGAAUCUGAAGAAGAAGGAUUUGAGAUGAAGUAUGUAGGACUACUCUAGAAUACCCGAGUUAUAGUUAGGAACCAAAUCUACUUCUUGUGAGUAUCGUUCUCAUAAUGUUAUUGCAGACUUCAUUCAUGAGACAUGAAUGCAGAUGAUGGUAUGAAUGGGGAGUCUAGUCCCAGUAAAGUGGGGCAGAGUAGAGAGGGCUUAAAUAACAGCCCCAAGCACAGUGACUGUGGAAAACACUGUAGCUUGGCUGUUGGUGGUGCACGACCAAAAGUGAGGAAUUUAGUGUGUAAUAUUCCCAAUGGUAUCAGGCCCCAUCUGGCAGAUGAUUCAGCAAAAGUGAAUAACAAUGUGUUACCAAUAGAGAAUUUGGAAUUACAAUUAGAUGAUACUAAUGCUUCAAGCUCAGGAAUAAAUAAGCUUCACAAUGGGAUAAACAUGAAUUGUGCAAAUGGUGUGGAAAAUACAAAUGGCAUACAUAACAAUGUGAAUUAUCAUGCAGCAGUGGAUAAGUGCCCAUUAAAAGUGAGAAACUGCUCUAAUAGGAGCAAUAAUUUAGAUCACUUGACCAAAUCUAACAGCUGUUACCAUCCAGAACUGCAGCACAGUGUUACCAGAAGGUGGGAUGAAACAGACGAUAGUUCCAGUGAUACUGGCAAUGAGGGUGAAGAUGGUCUUUCAUCUGAUGAGUGUUGUAUUUACACCUACAAGGGAGACCAGCUGGCUGAUCUUCCAAGUUCUUUCUUUACACUGGAUGUGUUAACACGGGGUGGGGAACAGGGAGAGGGUCCUAGGAGGGAAGAUGGUGAUGUUGAGGUUGGGAAUGGUGAUGGAAAUGGUGGGAGUUCAUCACCAGAGAUGGAUUUUCUGGAGAUGGAUUUUGAUCCAGGCCCUUCGUGUGAGCAGGACUCCGAAGAAGAUUCAGACUGCUGUGAAAUUAGGGAUGAGGAGGUGACAGAAGUGUACCCUGGACAUGCUCCUGAGCCGAAGCUUGAGAUGGACUGUCAGGCAGAUAGCCGUGGUCAUAAUGAUGUCGGUGUCACUUCACACGAUGACCACAGGAAUAUAUCUGCCUCCGUGGUCAGUGCCUGUAGCUCCCCGGAAGAGCAGCCUGUGGCUCAGUCAUCACCCCCGCAACAACAACCAUGGGUAAAUGUUGUGGCAGGGAGCUCGUCCACGAUUGUCCAGCGCUCUGCUGGGUUCUGGCCGCGUCGUGACUCGUGGGGUCAUCACUGUACUAGUGGUGAUCUCUGUUCACCAGGCGAGGCUAGUGAUCUGGAGAAUGAGACAUGGGGAGAGACACUGAUGAUGUGGAAUUCUAGCAAUGCUAGGGUGCUGAAUGAGGGGACACUGGUGGACACCCGGAAGCACACCCUGCACUCGGCUCUGUACCACUGCAUUAUGGCCAAGAGACUGGUCCUUGACAAGCAGGCGUCCUUGUCCGAUGGAGACGAAUCCAAUACGGAGGGGCGGCUUGAUGAUGGUCCAGAGCAGGCGCAGUGUUCCCUGGAGAGGACCAUGAUCUGGUCAGAGCAGGAAGCCUGUGUGAAGCAGGUGACCCAAAUCUCCACGUCAGCUUGUGGGGCCACAGCCGUUGUUAACGUUCUGUUAGCAUGCAACAUCCCGUUCUGUCUGGAUCGAGUAAAGGAGGGCGUGAAUACUCGGUUAAGAGCUGAGUCAGCUCCUCUACCCGAGUACCUGUUCUCUAGAUCUGUUGCUGGUGCGUCUCAUGUGGAUAUUAUUCGUGGCCUUGAGCGUGCCUCUGAAGGUUCUCUGUAUGGCCGGUUCUUCAGCAUGCACCCUGACUGUGUCAUCUCUCUGACACGCUGGCUUUCAUACUGGAUGAAGAAAGGUGCAGUUCCCAUUGCAACACUGAAUCUUCAGAAUGGCAUUGCACCAGGAAACCCAGUGCCUGAUGCUUGGCAUCACCAGAUGGUCUUUGGUGUUGGUCCUCGAGGGGUCUAUCUUACAAACCCUGUGGAAUGCGUGAGUGAAGCAGCCCUCUGGCCUCAGCUUUGCAGCCCUUCGGUACUUAUGGUGCGCCGCAGUGAUGUUCUUGCAAGGUGGAAUUGCCACACCAAUUUGCUGCCUCUAAUGUCACAUCCCGACCAUCGUUGGAAGAAAAUGAAUGUGCUUGGUCAGGUGGUGAACAUUAUACGGGAAUCUACAUGCACAUGUGUGCAAACGCAGGGUUGGGUAGUGACACAACAUGUGACUAUUCCAGCAGCAUACAGUUCAGGCAUCACACUGGUGAUAAGGCGAGAAUCUCCGGGCUAUGAGGAACUGAGAAAUGCGCCUGAGUUGCUGCACCUACAACAGCAGCGUUAGUUGCCCCCUUGUAGCAAGCUGUCUUAUAACUGCCCCUCCAUCCAUAUCUUUGCACAUCAACAUCGAAGCUAAGUGGGAGAUUCCAGGCCUAUUUCGUCGUUUAUAUUUUCUCUCUUGGUUUUAUAAUUUUUUCCGUAUUCACCCAGUUUUUGGAUCAGUUAACAUGCUUUUGUCAAUAGGAAGUUUCCAUUUAUGUUCUUGUGCCUUUACUCUUUCUGAAGUUCUGUUCAGAUAAUAUGGUCAUCUGCAAAAAUAAUAGCAAGUCUUAAUAAAUCUUCCGUAAAGUAUGUACUCUUCAUUGUGUUUGCAUAAUUAAUUUCGGUCACUUGGAUCUCAAUACGUGGUAUGUACCAGAAUUGUAGCUGUCAGUUGAUACGUUCGACCUUUUUCUCUUCCAUGUGAUGGAUGCCUGUAAUCGAGUCAAGAUUGCGGAUAUUAUGCCCUGGAACAUGAGCGCAGGGAAGAAAGCAGGGUAAGCAAUAUAAUAACUCUGACAUAAAUAUGUAGAAUGGGGCCUGAUAAGGUAAAAGAAGAGUGGCCAUUUAUUGAUCAAGGGACCUACUGCUGACAUGCUCACAGGACAAACUUAAGAUGGUCCUGUAUUUUUCUGGGUCUUUUACUAAUACUUACUUUUUCCUACUUGUGAUUUAAUAUACACCAAAAAACAAUGAAGCAGAGUUUUAUGUUUAUUUUGACAGUGCUCAAGACUUGUAACCUAAUUCUGUAUUAAAAACUGAAAUCUGUGUUGAGAAUUCUUUGUCACUCUUAAGCUUUCAUUUGGCACUGAUCUAAUAAUUAUUGGACAGACUGCAGUGAAAUCUUGAAUAUGCAUUUUCAGUGUGAAAACGUUUAUUAAACAAAUAAAAUGUUGCAGUGUUGAUAAUGUAA